AAAGAGAAGAAGAUGAUAACGGUUCUCUCGCAGUGGUUUGGGGUUUCUCGGUUUCUCCAUGGAUUUCUCCCAUAGACAGUAAAGAAGCUGCUGGCAGAGAGAGAGAAACUCAACAUGGCGUCAGUGCAGGAAUUCCCAAAUGCUCCUGUGAAGAAGUCCAUGAGGGAGAAGUCUAUUGAGUGUAGAUCAGUUAAUAAAGAGCACAACAGUAAUUUUAAGGCUGGAUAUGUUCCGAUUGAGGAGGAGCGGCUCCACAAAACAGGACUGAGGGGUCGCAAGGGCAUCAUUGCCAUUGGCAUUAUCAUCCUACUUUUUCUGCUUGCGCUCAUCAACCUCAUUAUAACACUGGUGAUAUGGACAGUGAUACGGAUAGGUCCUGGAGGUUGUGAAAGUAUGGAGUUUCACGAGAGUGGACUGCUACGCUUCAAACAGAAGGCUGAUAUGGGCGUUAUCCACCCUCUACACAAGAGCACAGUGGGCGGCAGGAAGGACCAGGACCUUGUCAUUACUGGCAACAAUAAUCCAGUGGUGUUCCAGCAGGGCAACACCAAGCUGAGCGUAGAGGAAGACAAGACGUCUAUCGUCAGUGACUUGGGCAUUUCCUUUACUGACCCCCGCACUCAAACGACUUUCUUCAGCACUGACUUCGACAACCAUGAGUUCCACCUGCCCAAAGAGGUCAAGGUUCUCAACGUGAAGAAAGCCUCUACUGAGAGAAUCACAAGUAACGCAUCGUCUGACCUCACCAUCAAAGGAGAUGGUAAGGCCAUUAUCCGUGGCAAUGAGGGAGUUUACAUCAUGGGCAAAACCGUGGAGUUCAGCAUGGGUGGUGACAUUGAGCUAAAAGCGGAAAACAGCAUCAUUCUAAAUGGCUCAGUGAUGUUCAGUCCUUCACGUAUACCAAACUCCUCUUUAAGGGGAGACCUGUACUUCAAUGAGGGUCUGGAGAGGUAUAAACUUUGCAUGUGUGCAGACGGCACACUAUUCAAAGUGCAGGUCAAAUACUCCAACAUGGGCUGCCAAACAUCCGACAAUCCGUGUUGAGCAGCACACUAAUGAAAGACAAAGGACGACCACUGGAAAACACAUACACAUGCUUAUUAAUGCCUUCUUAUGAAUAUUAAGAGUGAACUGGCAAAAGUUACAAAGAUGAUAAUAUAUAUACAUUUAUUUAUUUAUUUAUUUAUAUAAUUUUUCCCUAAAAACUGGAUAAUAAUUAUUAGUUUAUACACGCGUAAUACACAAAAAACACACUAUCUGGGCCUAACACUCCCACCCAAUAGGACAGUUUCUUCUAUACUCCCAUUCAGCAUUAUUAGAGGUCUAAGAACACACAAACACACACACACACCUCUAUGAUGAUGAUGGCUCCCUAAUAACCAUAAAUCCGACCCAGCACAAAGAGAACGGUUUUCUUUUAUGGGCGACAGCUCCCUGUGUAUUCAGUGUUUUGCAGCCUAUAAGCAGCCUACUUUCAGUCUUCACUGCAUGUGCUUUAUAUAUUGUAUUGUAGCAGAGUAAUUGGGUCCAGUGAUUUUCUGAGCAGUUUUAUUACACUCUUUUACUAUCCCCUCCUGUCACUAAUAACUAUCAGAUUGGCACAUGAAAAGAGGGGUGUUGUUUGACUGAUACAAGUUUUAAAAUAGUAUGUGUCAUAAACCUUCUGCAUUGUUCUAUAUGGCCAGUGGGGCUUUAGAAGACUUUUAAGAGGUGAUUUAAAGGGGCCAAUUUUAUUUAACAGCUCAGAUGUCAUUAAGAUGUUUUCAGGGUUGGUUUUUUUUAACACAAAUUGUCAUGAUUUGGGCCUUUUGCUUUUCAUUUCAUUUGUAAUAGUCUUCGAUCACAGUCAAGUGAAAUAAGCAACACUUAGUCUGAUCCUGAAACAGUGGCGACGCAUCACUUCUGGAACAUAUUUUUGUUUAGAGGUGUUUACCAGUGUAUCUUUUGAGAAGAUAAAAAAAGGAAACCUCUUUGAUAUAUAAUUGAUUUAUCUGAGUGUGAUAUUUUGUGCAAUAUAACCUUCUUGACCUGGUUUA